CGCGGAGCAAACUUUUUACUUCUCCAGGCGUUCCCAGACGCGAAAGUAUCGAACUACCGAGGCGGGGAGGGGAGUCUCAGUGCCGCCGCCACUAUCACCGUCGGGACCUCUUGGAGUGGCAAAGAAAGCGCUUCAGGCCCGCAGAUAAAAGAUGCCUAUCCUUGAUGUGACAGUUGUAAAUCAGUGAUUUGUUGCAUGGACUGCAAAGGAAAUUUAAUAUGGCCUAGUGGAAAAGUCUCUUGGAGAUGUUUAUGAUGUCCACAGGUACAAGUGGCAGGAAAAACCAUCAGGCUGUGAGCCUGGAAGGGGUUGACCCAGAAACUUGCAUGAUAGUUUUUAAAACCCACUGGGCACAGGUUGUGAAAAUAUUAGAGAAGCAUGAUCCUUUGAAAAAUACUCAGGCAAAAUAUGGGCUGAUUCCUCCAGAUGAAGCCAGCACAGUGCAGAAUUAUGUAGAGCACAUGCUUUUCCUCUUAAUUGAAGAACAAGCAAAGGAUGCUGCAAUGGGACCUAUUCUGGAGUUUGUGGUCACAGAAAAUAUCAUGGAAAAGCUUUUCCUUUGGAGUCUCAGACGGGAAUUCACUGAUGAGAUGAAAAUUGAACAACUAAAGAUGUAUGAGAUGCUCGUCACUCAGUCCCACCAGCCUCUCUUGCAUCACAAACCCAUCCUGAAACCUUUGAUGAUGAUGUUGAGUUCAUGCUCAGGAACUACUACACCAGCUGUAGAAGUAGAGCUAGUGGUUCUUCUCAACCAGCUGUGUUCAAUAUUAGCCAAAGAUCCAUCCAUUUUGGAACUCUUUUUCCAUACCAGUGAGGACCAAGGAGCUGCAAAUUUCUUAAUUUUUUCUCUCUUAAUUCCUUUCAUUCAUCGAGAAGGAACCGUUGGCCAACAGGCUCGUGAUGCACUACUCUUUAUCAUGUCACUGUCAGCAGAAAACAAUGUGGUCGCUAAUCACAUAGUAGAAAACACUUACUUUUGUCCGGUGCUAGCAACAGGCUUAAGUGGCCUAUAUUCAUCUUUGCCUACCAAGCUAGAAGACAAAGGAGAAGAAUGGCACUGUCUGCUGAAAGAUGACUGGCUUAUUUCUCCAGCUCUUGUCCAGUUUAUGAACUCCCUUGAAUUCUGCAAUGCAGUAAUACAGGUGGCACAUCCCCUGAUUUGGAGCCAACUUGUGAGCUACAUUUAUAAUGGGUUUCUGGUGCCAGUUAUGGCUCCAGCUCUCCAUAAGGCAACUGUGGAGGAAGUAAUGACUACAACUGCAUAUUUGGAUCUCUUCUUACGCAGUGUUUCAGAACCAGCUUUGCUCAAGAUCUUUCUCCGGUUUAUCCUGCUGCAUCGCCAUGAGAAUGUACACAUCCUGGACACCCUUACAAGUCGCAUAAACACUCCUUUUCGGCUCUGUGUGGUGUCUUUGGCAUUGUUCAGAACACUUAUCAGCUUGCAUUGUGAAGAUGUGAUAUUACAACUAGUUUUAAGGUAUUUGAUACCAUGUAAUCACAUCAUGUUCAGCCAAAGAUGGGCUGUGAGGGAAAGAGACUGGUAUUCCGUUUCUGCUGCUAGACUUCUUGCUUUGACUCCAGUCUGCUGCUCUAGUGGGAUUACUCUGGCUUUUGAAAAGCAAGAAAAAGAUUAUAUCUUGUGGAGAAAGAACAUACAGGGGGCAGGUUCCCUUGAAGAGUCCUCCAAGAGUGGUAUUGCAGACUCCACAUGUAUUGUGGAAUAUGGGAAAACUGUUGAUGUUAGUUACCUACAAUACCUUUGGGAUGCUCAAGCUCUUAUACUCCACUGCAUGAAAGAUUGCCAGGUUUGGUCUGCUCCAUAUGAUGGUGAAAAGCCUGAUCCAUGUACAUUUAUUCAAACACUGGCAGAGGAAGAUGGCAAAGACUUAGACCAGCCCAUUAUCCGGCUCCAGUACAGAACUCCAAAUAAUUGUAGUUCCCCUCAGAUUACUUCUUUGGGGGAGAAGAUGCAGCUGGAGCUGGAGUGGGAUGAUAGCUAUGAUACUGGCAUUUCUCCUGGAUCUGACUCUCCACAGCAUGAUAAUGUAGGGAUUGUGAAAACACAAUGUCCUGUGGAGCCACCAAAGCACAUUCAGGAGAUGAAGAAAAAUGCAAUCAUGUUGAUCAAGGGGUCCUAUAUAGAGGAAUCAGACUUUCAGGAUGAUGUUAUGGUUUACAGGUUGUGUGCCCAAAAGGAUGUGCAGGAAGUGGGCAGCCUAAAGGAAAAAGCUUUACAGUCAGAAUCUCAAAGUGCAGAUAAUCCAAAGGUUUUCCCUGCCAAUGGUCCACUUAAUAGUUCCCAAUCGGAUUCAAAUAUGGAGCAGAGCAAUGGGAAGUAUUCAAAUUUGGAAAAUGACAAUGGAAAAAAUUCUGACCUGACCAAACAGACAACAACUGAAAUCAACAAGACUGUUGAACCAACCACACAGUGUGACUUGGAACUGAAAUCGACUUCCCCAGAACCAGAUCACAAUGCUAACAUGAGGUUGCUGAGUCCAGAGAGUGAAGAUUUUAUUUCUCAAUGUGAUAACAUCAUUAAAGAAUUGGAUUCUAGCUCUACAGGUUUGGUAGAACUUAAAUUGCUUAUUCCUGAUUCAGUCUCUCCUGUGGAAGAGGAGGAAGACUUUGAAAUUUUUUCUGCUGAUACUCCAUCUGCAGAAAGUAUGCCUUCACCCUUUGGAUCAAAAGAUAUAUGGUCCAGCAAUCCUGCAAGGUUGCAGAAUAUUCCAUUUACAGGACCAUUUAUUAGUGUGGUAUUAUCAAAACUGGAAAACAUGUUGGAAAACUCCUUACAUGUGAAUUUGCUGCUCAUUGGUAUCAUUACUCAUUUGGCCAGUUACCCACAACCUCUUCUCCGUUCUUUUCUGCUCAAUACCAAUAUGGUAUUUCAACCUAGUGUACGGUCAUUGUACCAGGUCCUGGCAUCUGUGAAAAACAAAAUUGAGCAGUUUGCUUCUAUUGAAAAGGAUUUUCCUGGCCUUCUCCUGCAAGCGCAACAAUACUUGCUUUUACGAGUGGACAUGUCGGAUAUUCCUCCAGAGUCCUUGACCAAAGACCAGACACAGCACAACAAUGUUGCAGGGAAAGGCAGGAACCUUUCAGAAACUUCCCAAGCCAUCCUGCAGCCUUUCUUCGGGAGUAAGGCAAAGAAAGGAGCCGCUCUUCCCAGUGUUCCCCUGCAUAUCCGGAACGCCAUCCUUGCAGCUGCCCUCUUUCCAGAAUUUCUCAAGGAGCUGGCAGCUCUCGCACAGGAACAUUCCAUUCUGUGUUACAAAGUAUUUGGUGAUUUUGAGGAUUAUUAUUAAUUUUAGCAUGUUUAAAGACAUUUGAUUAGAAAGUAAAAGAUUUUAUAUUCCUGGUAAUACUUGAUUUGAGGGAAAUUGUUACAUCUUUAUGUUGGGCCUUAUUUCCAGCUGUGCACCAUAUGAAUUUUAUGAAAUGCCUCUUUAUUGUACCUAAUCCUUUUACUUACCUCAAUUUUCCUCUUUAAACAGCACAGUAGACACUUUGGGUAAAAAAGGCACAAUUGUGUAAAUAGCUACAAGGUAGCUUGGGAAAUGUUGAGAGUUGUAGUACUUUUUAUGUCUAAACAUGCAUAGGAUUGUACCCUAAGAGAAUAGGGGCAACAGGACAAAUCCAAUAAGCCUUUUAUGUAAAUUACUCUUUAGGUAUCUAUUGAAUGAGGAGCUAACAAUCCUUCCCUUAAGUUCUGCUUUACCAAUGGCUAGAGUUGUGAAUCCAAAUGUAUUCAACAUAUACGCUUGUGACUUGAUGAAAGCAGGUGCUGUGCUGAGUACAUACCAUGUUGCCUUAUGUUGUGGACAAAUCUGACACUCAGCUGUUGGCUCCUUUGAAGUUUAGAUGAAAUGAAUAAAUGGAUGUUGAGUGCAGACUGUAGGGAGAUUUUCUCUUCCAUUUCUCAGCAUUCUUGAAAAUAGAUUGCUACCUAAACACUCAAGCCUUAUUUUAGUAAGAUUUGCACAUGACAAGAUAUUUCUAUGCAAACUGUAACUUUUUUUGAGAACAUCUUUGUAUACUUUUAUUGAUAAGCUGAAGACAAAUAUUCAAGGAAAUAUUUUAGUAGUGUUAAAGGUUAUCUUCUUUGAAAGUUGUUACUAUUUUAUAAGGUUUUUUUUUUCAGGUGGAAAAGAUACCCUGCCUCUGUAAGCUGUAUUUCUAGUUGUUUAAAUGUUCAUGAAAAGGCUUUGUGGUACUUGUAAACACUGGCUAUUUAUUUAUUAUAUAAGUGGACUUGUCCUAAUAUUGCACUUUUGAGGGAUGGCACGAAUGUAUUUCUCACUAGUAAUAGAGAAGAGGAUGUUGCCUGGGAUACAUACACUGGAACCUGUUGCAGUUGGUAUCCAAUUUCUUAAGAACAUUUUCUUCUGUGAGUAAUGAGGCUCAUUAGAACAGGUCGGAACAUGAUGAAUUGGUGCAUUACAGAUGCUUUUCAGCUGUUGCUAGUAAAAAUAAUUGUUCUUCCAGUGCUGAAGUUGGCUUUCUGUAACCAAUGGCUGAGUACUUGAAAGCCUUCAUUUGCUUUUACAGUAGGUGAAAAUAAGAAACUACUCUAAAACCAAUGGAAACAGGAUAUAAAGAGUGGGCUUGGAAGCAGUUGGUUUUGUUUCUGUUUGUUUACUCCAUAUAGAAGUACUAAUUGUAGGAGGAGAGAGGAUCUAUCUUUGACAAUAAAACAUGGCACUGACUUUCUGAAGCCUCUCUUGGGCAGAUUGCCUCAAGCUUGCCACAGAAAGGUGCACCAUUCUUUUGAAACCAUGAGUGGAACUGCUAAUUCUCAGUUCUUUGUUUCACUGGUUUGUCCUGAUGUGGUCUCUGCCUGUUUACCUCUGCUAUAGGCAGAAUUAGGAUCUUGCAGGCCACAAGAAAAUAAAAGGAACGGUGACUAGUUUCCUUUAUUUUAACUAAACAUUGAAAGUAGUAGACAAUUCCAGAAAGGACCUGACAAUCCUAUCUUUAGCCUGUUCUCCUCUCAGCCCAUUAGCCUGUAUAUUAAUAGGAUACUUGAGUUCUUUAAGAUGCAGCCUGCUACAUUUAGGUAGGAGAAAAAUCCUACAAAUCCCACCCUGAUCCUGCUCACAUGGCUGCCAAGGGGACACUGGGAAUUGUAGAACAUUUUUUGUCUGAAUAUGCAUAGGAUGACACCUUUAGCCUUAGUAAAUAUAUCCAGUUACUCAUAAUUCUAGCCCUGUUACCCAGUCCAUGGGAAGGGAUCCAUCCUUCAUACAUUUGUGCACAUAACUGCAGCAGAUUUCAGUGUCAGCAGCCACUGUGUUAUCUUUUUCUGGUUUAAACUUAAGGUAGGUGAAGGUUUUCUUUAAAAUGCAGACUUUGUAAUGGCAGGGUUGGGGUGUGUGUGUGUUAACCACAGUAUAUGUAAAUGACUGGAAAUGUGUUACAUGUAAUAGAAGAAUCAUGCUGCAAAGUUUAUUGUAUUAUUAAAAAGCAUUACCUUUUAAAAACCAA